GGCUGCCUACACACAGUCAUAUCGGUUGCACCUCAUCGAUCUGUGUACAGGCUGAUAACAGAUGAGAAGGUGGCAUUAUCGUUAAUGGGACGUUUUGGAGUGGAAUGUUUUUACGUUUGUCACAGGGAAGAUAAAACGAACUACAUGUCUUUCUGCGACACGAUAUCACUGUACCAUCAGGAGGGAUAUGGAUUUACAAUGGACUAAGGUGUUUUACCAAGGAAAUAACUACAUCUUUACCGGUAAGACACAAGAAGUGCUUUUGACCAAAGUCAGUGUGUUUCAUCGGCUGGUCUCAGAAUUGAGAACAGGCAGCCAAGUGUGCUGAGCAUUAAGCUGUCAUCGCAGAGGAAGAAGAUAAGGGCUGAUGCUAUACGACCAUGAUGUCGCCAAUUUUGUAUAUUCUUGCCUGUGGUUUUGUGUCCGUUGAGACACAACUCAGAAAAGCCACUGGUGAAUUCCGCCUCUACAAUGACAUCAUCUGGAACAACAACCCAUACGAGAGGCCCGUCUACAACAAAUCCGAAACUAUUACGGUUGAAUUUGAUUUUCAUCUACACACAGUGAGCCGAUACAUUGAGUCUCAACAACAGCUCAUAUGCACAGGGUGGUUUGUUGUGACGUGGUCUGAUCAGUUUCUCACCUGGAAUUCUGAGAUGUAUGACGGAGUUGAAUUUAUCAGACCCCCAGAUAGCUACAUCUGGAUACCUGAUCUUGUUGUGUCCAAUUCCUUCCAACAACUCGACCGCCUUGGAGGAGAUUUCGUGUCUCUGAAACUAUUUUCAAAUGGACAUAUACAGUGGAUGCCUGGGGAUUUAUUCUACCUGCCAUGUAAUGUUGACGUUGAGUUGUACCCAUUUGAUAGCCUGAAGUGUUCUAUGGACCUGGUUGUGUGGUCACACUCAGUGACAGAAGUUCACCUGAAACCAGGGCAAUCUCGUGCUGGAGUGUCCAGUUCCAAUAUACGAGGUCAGUGGAGUUUGACGUCAGCCACUAUCGUUUCGUUGAAAAAACAUUCUGACAACAAAACAAUGUCAACAGUGAAAAUUACACUCAUUCUAGAAAGACUCCCAACCAAUUUUGUCUUUAACUUUAUCCUUCCCGUCAUGAUUCUCUCUCUUCUAGGAACAUUUGUGUUCCUCAUUCCAGCAGAUUCAGGAGAAAAAGUAUCAUUUGCCAUCACAAUUCCUCUUUCCUAUGGAGUCUACAUGGGAUUUCUAACAAACAUGGUACCACAAAGUUCCGAGGGUGUGUCCACCUUUAUCAUUUUCCUUGGAAUCACGCUAUCAUUGUCUGCGUUAUUUGUCAUCCUCAGCAUAUUCAGUGUCAGGAUCUCAGCACGCAGUAAUUCACGACCCGUUCCUAAAUCAUUCCAAAGAAUCACCGUCUGGGUUGAAGAUGUUAAAAGCUGUGGUCGACAAAAGAAGUCGCAUCCUAACCAUAUCUCUGAGGACACAGAACAAUCAGAUGAUUCCGAGGCUAAGGAACAUACUAAAGUAAUGACGUGGAAUCGAGUGAGCAAGGCCCUUGAUCUGUUUUUCUUCUGGGUGUUGUGUAUACCUUUGUUGAUAGCGAUCCCAGUACUGUUGGUGUCCAUAGCGGUGUUUUAAUGACAAAAUGUUUCUUACGAACCAUCAAUUGUAUAUGUCGUAUUUAGUAGAAUAGGUUAUAGUAAUUCUCUGAGAAAAAUAUUCAUUGUGAAUUGUGCGUAGGAAUCAAUGACAAGGUCUUUGUUUUUUUAUGACUUGAGUAUGUGCUAUUAUGAUGUGCCAUCUGAAAUACAACACGUCAUCACCAGAGAAUACCAGUCUCGAGUUUCCGUCAAAACAGAUUUCUUUUGGCACAAAAGGCAAAACAGCAGUGAAAGCUAUAUGAAUGGACCACUGCAAAUCAGUGAUGAUACUAGUUUUUCGCGACCCGAAACUCAAAACUGUACGCCCCGUUCUUUGGU